AUGAUCAGCCGGAACUUCAAGAACGUCCUGGUGAUCUCCACCGGCUUCCUCUUCCUCUUCACGGCGUACGGCGGUCUGCAGAGCCUGCAGAGCAGCCUGAACGCCGAGGAGGGGAUGGGCGUGGCCUCGCUCAGCGUCAUCUACGCCUCCAUCAUCGUGUCGUCCAUGUUCCUGCCGCCCAUCAUGAUCAAGAACCUGGGCUGUAAGUGGACGCUGGUGGUGGGGAUGGCCUGCUACGUCUCCUUCUCCUUCGGGAACCUCUAUCCAGGAUGGUACACCCUCAUCCCCACCUCGGUGAUCCUGGGUCUGGGCGGGUCACCCCUCUGGUCGGCUAAAUGCACCUAUCUCACCAUCUGCGGCAACGUUCAGGCGGCCAAGGAGGGGAGAAAAGGCUCAGACGUCAUCAACCAAUACUUCGGCGUCUUCUUCUUCCUCUUCCAGUCGUCGGCCGUCUGGGGGAACCUCAUGUCGUCGCUCAUCUUCGGACAAGACGCCAACAUCGCGAACAUUCCCGCCGAGCAGCUGCAGACCUGCGGCGCCGCCGACUGCGGCCUGAACGUCAGUACGGGAAACAGCAGCAGCGUCAGGCCGGAGCAGGAGCUGGUGUGGACUCUGGUCGGAUGCUACAUCGGCGUCGGCGUGCUGGCCAUGAUCAUCGUGGCCGUCUUCCUGGACAACAUCGACCGUGAGCAGGCGAGCCGCUUCCGCCACGACAAGCAGCCGUUCUGCCAGACGUUCCUGGCCACGUUCAGGCUGCUGAAGGACUGGAGGCUGCUCACGCUCAUCCCGCUCACCAUGUACAGCGGCUUCGAGCAGAGCUUCCUGGCCGGAGAGUACACCAAGAAUUACGUGACGUGCGCUCUGGGGAUCCAUUACGUGGGAUUUGUCAUGAUGUGUUUCGGAGCGGCGAACUCUCUCUGCUCCUUCCUGUUCGGGAGACUGGCUGAGUUCACCGGGAGAGCCGCGCUCUUCUUCUUCGCUGCCCUGGCCAACUUCUCCUGCAUCAUCGCGCUGCUGUUCUGGAGACCGGAUCCUGAUCAGCUCUGGAUCUUCUUCGUGUUUCCCGGUCUUUGGGGAAUGUCCGACGCCAUCUGGCAAACUCAGACCAACGCUCUCUACGGCGUCCUCUUCCCGCGGGACAAAGAGGCGGCAUUCGCCAACUACCGCAUGUGGGAGUCUCUGGGCUUCGUCACGGCCUUCGCCUACAGCACCUUCCUCUGUCUGGAGUACAAACUCUACAUCCUGCUGUCCUUCCUGCUCCUGACGCUCGUCACCUACCCCGUGGUGGAGUUCUACGAGUACAAACACCCGACGCGCCCGGUGGAGAAGGAGCGGUACGUCGGACACAAAGAGACGGCGGAGACCAAGAACAUCAUCCAGCAGACUCCCCUGUAG